GAGAAAGAAUAAAUAAAUUGGAAAAUGAAAAAGAGUAAGUUUAGAAACGUAUAAAAACUUAGGACAAAUAAAACUAAGUUAAGUUUCCCAGUAUUUGGAACAACCUUCCCCGACGUAUCAAAAACCUUAAAUAAUCUCGAACAAAUAAUAAAAUUAAAAAAUCUAACGUAGACAGUGACGAAACAAAUGAGUUCAAAACACGGAUGGACCCAAAAAAAAGAAAAUUUUAUAAAAUAUUCAAAUUUUGUAGAAAAUUAGAAAAGGAAUCUGAUUAGAGAUAAGCAAUACGACCUGCUUAGACAGGAAAAUGACUUGCUGAAAUAUAGGUAAACUAUUUUAUUUCUUAUUCCAAUAGAUUUAACUACAAUUCUUAACUAUGUUCUUGAUUUGUUAUUAUGAACAAAUAACAGUAAAACUAAAAAAUCUAAAUUGAUUGAAAUUUAGAUUGAAAAAAUUGAAAAUUGAAAUUGAAAUUGACAAUGGAAACCCCAUUAGAUUGAGGGAAAAAUCAAAAUGCUUAAAAAAUAAAACGCUUAUUUUUUACAAGAUCUGAAAUUGAAAAUAUUGAGGCUGGGUACAAAAAGUUGCAGGUGGCAACGGAAUGCAGGUCUCUUCUCAAGAAGUACUUCACUAAGGAAGUUAUGGACCAGUGUAAAGGACUCACAUCAGAACUAAGCUUGGUGCGAACUUGCUUGAUAUGAUCCAGUCUGGAGUUGCAAAUCUUGAUAGUGCAAUUGGUGUUUAUGCGUCUGAUGCUGAGUCUUACACUCUCUUCAAACCACUUUUUGACCCGAUCAUUCAAGACUAUCACAAUGGAUUUGGACCUGAUCAAAAGCAGCCUCAAACCGAUUUUGGUGAAGGAAAGACUCAGCUUUUGCCUGACCUGGAUCCUGAGGGUAAAUUCAUCAUCUCGACACGUGUCCAAUGUGGGCGUUUUCUUCAGGUUUUUGUGUGUUGUUAAA